CCGCUCCGCCGCGGCAGGCGCAGCGCCGGGAGGCCGCUGGCUCCCCGGGCGGCCCCGGGAUGGCGGGGGCGGCUCCGUGAGGGCUCCUUAAAAAUGACCUCCGGGAAUUCCUCGCCGUCGUUCUUUCGUGUGGGUUUCGCCGACUGUCGCUGCCGCUGGUUCAGGUUCUUCCCAGCAGCAGAACUGAAAGCCUUACAAGACAGCGAUGGCUUUUUCUCUAGGAUUUGAAUAUGGAGGCCACAGGGACAGAUGAAGUAGAAAAGAUAAAAUCAAAGUUUAUGUCUGCAUGGCACAACAUGAAAUACAGUUGGGUGUUGAAAACAAAAACUUACUUCAGCAGAAACUCUCCAGUCUUUCUGCUGGGAAAAUGUUACCACUUCAAAACUGAGGAAUCUGGUGAGCUCUCUACAGAUGGGGCCAAUUUUGAUAAAAUCAACACAGAGAUUUCAGGAAAUGUUGAGGAGUUCCGUAAAGAUUUUAUUUCCAGAAUCUGGCUGACAUACAGAGAGGAAUUCCCUCAGAUAAAGGGGUCCGCGUUAACCACAGACUGUGGCUGGGGCUGCACACUGAGAACUGGGCAGAUGCUGCUGGCUCAGGGCCUUAUGCUUCAUUUUCUUGGGAGAGCCUGGGUGUGGCCGGAGGCGCUGGACAUGGACUCGGACUCGGAGUCCUGGACAUCCCACACGGUGCGGAAGCUCACGGCAUCCUUCGAGGCGUCGCUCACGGCCGAGAGGGACCCCAAGAUCCUGCCCCAGCCACAGGCACAGUCCCAGCGGGGCACGAGGAGGAACUGGGAUGUCAACGAGAGGAGAAACGAAGCUUAUCACAGAAAAAUAAUAUCUUGGUUUGGUGACUCCCCACUGGCAGCUUUUGGCCUGCACCAGUUGAUAGAAUAUGGGAAGAAGUCCGGGAAAAUGGCGGGGGAUUGGUAUGGCCCGGCCGUCGUCGCUCACAUUUUAAGAAAAGCUGUUGAAGAAGCAAAAGACCCUGAGCUGCAAGGAGUAACAGUCUAUGUUGCUCAGGACUGUACAGUCUACAGCUCCGAUGUCAUUGACAGACAAUGUUCUUUCAUGGAUUCUGGAAAAGCAGGCACAAAAGCUGUUAUUAUAUUAGUUCCUGUGAGACUCGGUGGAGAGAGAACAAACACGGACUACUUGGAGUUUGUAAAGGGAAUUUUGAGCCUGGAGUACUGUGUUGGAAUUAUUGGUGGCAGACCCAAGCAGUCGUAUUACUUUGCUGGAUUCCAAGAUGACAGUUUGAUUUACAUGGAUCCUCAUUACUGCCAAUCUUUUGUAGAUGUCAGCAUAAAGGAUUUCCCUCUUGAGUCAUUCCAUUGUCCUUCUCCCAAAAAGAUGUCAUUCAAAAAAAUGGAUCCGAGCUGCACAAUAGGAUUUUACUGUAGGACUGUGCAGGACUUUGAGAAGGCUUCUGAAGAAAUCACCAAGAAACAAGCAGUGCUGCCUCAAACUGCCAAGCAUUUUUCACCUCACCCCUGAAGACACUACAGCAAGGCCAAUUUCCAUGAUGGAUCUGUGGUUGCCAGGUUGGUGUUCAGGGGCUUGGUGCUGUGCCAGGGGUUGGGAUGGAUCCUUUCAUGCUCUGCAGAAAUGGGGAGAGAGGGUGAGUGUCACAACAGCUCAGCACUGGGGGUCACCAUUGACCCACUACAGGUGCACGUGACAUUGAACUGCAGCAGAUAACAGGGAGAAUUCUUUAGACCUUUAAGUUUGCUUUUUGUCCAAAUUUCUUCUAAUUUCAACAGAAAAAAGUUUGUCAUUAAAUGCGUGGGCCACAGGAAAAGAUAAAAAUUACCUCACACAGACGAUCUCAACAGGCCUCUCUCCACAUCAGGUCAUGGACAAGUUACGACUUGUGGGAUGAAGCUGCAGAGACCCAUCACCAUCCCUCUGGAUCUCCUCCUGGUGUACAGGUGAGUGCUUGUAGGUACCUAUGCACAGGCUCUUUGGAGGUUUGGGGAGUGUAUCCAUGUCAGGAGAGCCCAUCUCUGUGCAGGCAGCCUGGGCACAGAGAGCCCAUCUCUGUGCACUGAGAGCCUGGAUGUGAAACCUUCUCCUCAGCAAGAGGAGAUCCUGCAUCGUGGUGCCAUCAGGAACAGGAAUCUGGGGCAUGCACUGAUGAACUCAUGUUGAUCCAGUCCAGGAAGAGUAAACGCAAUGCUGUGAAAUGCAAAAAAAAGCCUUGGUAAACUGAGACAAAGCUUUCUCUUUGAGAGGAAAGGCCAAUGAGAUAAUUUCAAUGACUCAAGAUUUGGUUAGAAUGUUCUAUAUUUAUGGAGUAUAUUCUGUCCUGUCCAGAUUUCCCUUUGGUUCAAAUACCACAGUUACUGCAUUUGGAUUCCCUGUUCUGUUUCUGUGAAUUGCAAAUCCUCGGCUAAAAGCCAGUUAGUCUCAGUCUGAACAGUAUUCCAGUCUUCUGCCCUACACUCCCCAACAACUUCAGGAAAUCUGCUGACCAGUUUCUCUGAAAACCUGAAAAUAAAACACGCUGCAGUGGUGACAAAUCCACAAACCCGGAGACUCCACUUUAAAAAUGAUUGGUGUGUCUGAGUGCACUCUUUUUUUUUUUCUUCUUGUCAAGUUGGAUGAUUUUACCCAGCAGUGAAAACAGAGAAAUCCACAAUGGAGUCAAACAAAAGGAAUUUUACAGGAGUGCUGGAUGUCUGCCCUCUGCCUAGUGCUGGAAUAUGGGAUUGUGGCAGUGUGGGAAGAUGCCGAACUGUCCUUCAUGAGGAUCAGAGGGUGUGAGCACCACUGAUUUCCCUGUUCCCUGGUUUCUCCCUACACAAGUUCCUGCUGCAGCACCAGUGUCCUCUAAAUGAUAAACAAGUUCUGUAGCAAAAAACUGCAGGUCAGGGCGGGAGCCUGCUCGGUCAGGGGGAUUAUAGCAGAACCAGCAAUGGGAUUUCAAGGCUUUUCCUACCCCAGGGGCACUGGAAAUAUCAGCACCAGGCCCACUCCCCCUCCCCACUCAGAUGAGCCUCAGCAGUUCAUCAUGUCAAGUCUUGCUGCUGAGUGCUGUGUCUGGGGCCUCUGGCUGUCAGAGGCAGGAUUUCAUCCUGGGCUCCCUAAGGCCAUGUAGAAAGCCUAAAAUGUUCAUUUAUGUUGCUUAUUGUCUGGCCAAACCUGUGUGUGCUUAAAAAAUAUCUGGAAGUUUAAAGGCUGAUCCCUGAUUGUCGUGGUUUCAAAAUUUAGUUGUUAUUUUAAAAAGUUAAAUACAUUUAUUGUUAUGAAUGGCAAUGCUUUUGUCAACUCUUAGUGCUCCUACAUAAAGUGUUUAUAUGUGAGAUGUUUCCUUCUGUGAUGUGACUUCCUGAGCUCAGUCUCUCUCAUUAUAUUUUUGCUAAAAAGAUAAUAUCACUAUACAAGUCUAAUUCAGAGAGAUCUGUAAACAUGUUAUAUGGAGAGCACAAAUAUUCAUGGAUGUGGGAAUUUGUACUUUGGCUUGUCAGAAUUUCCGUGUUUGUGCACAUACAUUUCCAUGUUCAUACCCAUAUAUACUGUAGAACAGUAUUCCUGUAAUAAUCAGUGUAGGCAUAAGUGUUUAUAACAUGUAGAUUUAUUUGCUUUAUAUAUUCAAUGUACCUGCAUAGCCAGAACUUCAUCUGCUGCUCAGAAUUUAUUCCAGCUUUCCACACGAGCUCUUUCAAACAAUGCUAAUUGCUUCAGAACCAAGAUCAUUGAUGAUAACUCUUUUAGGAAUUGUCAUGUUGUCUAUAAAUAUUUAGCUGGAUUGUAUUUGCCAAUGUACCCCUGUAUUACAGAUGAAAAGGCAGCAUCUGCCGAAAUUAAAAGUGGCCGCGUUUUCGCUGUGGCUUAAUUAAAUGCCAAAAUUUAUCUACAUUAACAACAAAGUGGCGAAAUUUAUUGAUCAAUUCACAUGAUAUAAGUUGACAAAUGGCCCGAGCAAUUUCCAUAAUUUUCUACACGUGUUAAAAUUUGUAAUGAAACAGGAAUACUUUAUCAGCAGGAGCUGUGGGUGGGAGGGGGCCGGGCUGUGCCCCGGGGCGCUGAGCUGAGCUCGCUGUCCAGCCCAGGCUCUGGGAGCCGUGUACAGAUGGGCCUUUGACAGUCCUACAGCUGUUCUCCUAAUUGUCCAUUAAGUGUUCUAUUGAUUCUCUGAUUCAAAGUACAUGUCUUUCAGCCCGGGCUAUCGUGUGAAGUGGCAGACACAUUCCUCCUGGAAUGACAGAGCUGCUUGAAACCUAAAAAUGUGGGCUGCCAGUUCCAAUUGAGGAGCCCGCUUUCAAAGGGAAGGCUUGGUUAAAGGAGCUUUGUGAGAGCGCCUUAGAUUUGAGUUUCUAAACUUUUAGCAUCAAUCAAUUAAAGCAGCAGCAGCAGCAGGAAAAGUUGUAAUUCCUCAUUAAGGGUUUGCACGUGGCUGGUAAAGCUCUGCCUAAGGAUCCCUGCUUGUGAUAAUAAGGAUUAGAUCUUGUUUAGCUGCAUGUAGAUUUUAUCCUCAGCCCCCUCUGACAUAUGCAAUGAUAUUCUCAUUUGACUUGCAAGUUCACUUUUAGCAUUUUUUUAAAGGAAAAUCAUCUGCAAUUCCAGCUCAUGCCAGUCAGGAGCCUGUUUAAAAUCAUCUGCCUUUAAUCUGAAGAGUGAAGGAUAAGAUGCAUAUCUGUUGCAAGGACCAUAAAUCUUCAAAGAAACAAAUAGCCACAGAUAAAACUGUAAAAGUUAUUUAGUUCUCUUCCGAAAGAGGUUUAUUAAUCUAAAAUUUCCAGUCCAUUGUGUCAUGAUUUGGUUAUCUCACUGUAUUUCAUUUCCUGCAAUUGUAUAAGCCUUGUGUAUCAAGCAAAGAGAUGGGAGUCUCAGAGCUUAAACUUGAUCACUUGUGUUCAGAUCUAUCACUAGAGCCAGGGGGAAAAAAAAGAAAUAUAAAAAAUAGCCACCUGAACUACCUGAGAGAUUUGGACUGUGCAGAUUUUUAUUCCUAUUUCCUCAUAUUUUAAUGAGAUGUAUAUGAAGUGGUUUUAUUAUUAAAUUUAAACUGAAUUUUAAA